AUGUUGUUUAAGUUAUUAAUUUUUCUGUUGCCUGUACUCUUUAGGGAUGCUACUUGUGCGCCAUCACAAACGACCCUCUUCAUCCGCAAAUACGAGCUGGAUGUGAACUCAUCCAAGAUCAUGCAGAAGGAUGACAGAAAGCUGAUGCAGAAGUGGGCUGAUGAUUUCCAGAUCAAACGGCUGGACAUCAGCAUGAAGUACCGGCUGCAGAUGGUGAAGCAUCAGGAACAUAGCUUAGGAGGCAAUGGUAAUAUUGAGUGGGUGAACUGCCUCUACGCUCACAGGAAGGAAACCAGGAGAACUGUUAGGCUUUACCACGACAACGAACACGAAUGUCUGAAGACUGCCGCCUCCAAGGACGUUACCAUGAGAGAAAACGUGGAGCAGAUUGAGAAACAGAUAGCGAACUGGCGAAAAGGCUACAGAUACUUACAGAAUCUAUGCAACGAUGAGUAUGUUGGCAACACAAAGGAGACGCAUCAGUGUCUGGUUAGAUACAUGCAAAAUGACAAUUUCGACGAAGUAAUCCAUCGGCUAGUUCUUCUAAAACUAGGUACAAUGAAUGACCUAUACGCCUACUACAACUCCUCACUCUUGGAUCUCGAAGAAUGUCUGAAAACACAGCUGUCAAGGUACUUGGAAAGAAUACGAGCGGUCUUGGACACCCUGUAUAAAUGUUACAAUAUUAAAACGUGA